UUAAAGAUGGCGGAGUGCUUGGCUGCACGUUUGGCCGCUCAGGAGGAGCAAAUUUUGCUCCUCACCAGGGAAAUAUCCACGCUCCGGGAUGGCCUGGGUCAAGGUCUAGACGCCGCCGGUCUCGCGGUGGUCUCUCCGGAGCUGGAGAACCUGCGGACGGAGAAUGAGAAGCUCAGGUAUCGGCUGCUGCACCUCCGGCGGGGUCUUCAGGCGGAGUUGGAGCUGGAGGAGGCGCGGGGCAAGAGGCAACAAGGAGCCAAGUGUGACAAAGCUCCGCAGAAAAAUACCAGCAAACCUCAGCAGACAAACAACCGAGCUGACAAUAACAAGGUGGCAACUGUGAGUACAAAAACAGGUGAUGGGAACAAGAAAGAGAAGAAACACGACAAGGUGCAAGGAGAUGGAGGCAUGAAAGAGCUGAAUCCCUGGCCUGAAUACAUUGCAGAGCGUCUCAGUCUUUAUGAGGAACUAAAGAGAGAGAGUGAUGCCCUGCAGUCAAAAAAAGCUGCAGACAGUAAGCCCAUUACAGUGGAGCUCCCAGAUGGGAGAAAGGUGGAGGGCAAAGCUUGGCUCACUACUCCAUAUCAGCUGGCCUGUAAUAUCAGCCAGGGUCUUGCUGACAAUGCUGUGAUUUCUCGGGUAAAUGGGGAACUGUGGGACCUGGACAGGCCUCUUGAGCAGGACUGCUCACUUGAGAUCUUGCGCUUUGACAAUGAGGACGCUCAGGCUGUGUACUGGCAUUCCAGUGCUCACAUCCUGGGGGAGGCAAUGGAGCGCUUUUAUGGGGGUUGUUUAUGUUAUGGACCUCCCAUAGAAAACGGUUUCUACUACGACAUGUUCCUGGAUGGACAAAAGGGUGUGUCCAGCAUGGAGUUUGGGGACCUGGAAGCUUUAUGUAAAGCUGUGGUGAAGGAAAAACAGCCCUUUGAGAGACUUGAAGUCAGCAAGGAGACACUACUAAAAAUGUUUAAGUACAACAAAUUUAAAUGCCGCAUUCUCAAUGAGAAAGUCACCACCCCAACUACUACAGUCUAUAGAUGUGGACCCUUGAUUGACCUGUGCAGAGGUCCACAUGUCAGACAUACAGGCAAGAUCAAGGCCAUGAAGAUCUACAAGAACUCUUCCACCUACUGGGAGGGACGCUCUGACAUGGAAACUCUGCAGAGGCUCUAUGGGAUAUCCUUCCCAGACUCAAAGAUGUUGAAGGAAUGGGAACGUUUUCAGGAGGAGGCCAAGAACAGAGACCAUCGCAAGAUUGGAAAAGACCAAGAGCUCUUCUUCUUCCAUGAUCUCAGCCCAGGCAGUUGUUUCUUCAUGCCACGGGGAGCUUACAUCUACAACACACUGACAGAAUUCAUCAGGGAUGAGUACUGGAGAAGAGGCUUUCAGGAAGUAGCCUCCCCCAACAUUUAUAACAGCAAACUGUGGGAGACAUCUGGCCACUGGCAGCACUACAGCGAAAAUAUGUUCUCCUUCCCCGUGGAAGAUGACAUAUUUGCUCUGAAGCCAAUGAACUGCCCCGGGCACUGUUGUAUAGACAUCUGUGUCAGAAAAGUAUUGUCUAUGGAAAGACAAUGGGAAGUGUUUUUAUUUUUUUGUUUCUUUUGCUACAAUUACAGAAAAGAUGGGGAUGACAAAUCCAGACCAGUCAUUAUCCAUCGUGCCAUUUUAGGCUCAGUGGAAAGGAUGAUUGCCAUUCUGACAGAGAACUAUGCAGGGAAAUGGCCUCUGUGGCUCUCUCCACGUCAGGUGAUGUUAGUGCCUGUCAACCCAUCCUGUGAGGAUUACGCAAAGAAGGUGUGUAAGCAGUUUACAGAAGCUGGUUUUAUGGCAGAUGCCGACCUGGACUCCAGCUGCCUUCUAAACAAGAAAAUCCGCAAUGCUCAGCUGGCACAAUAUAACUUCAUUCUUGUGGUUGGAGAGAAGGAGAAGAUGACUAACAGUGUCAAUGUACGCACAAGGGACAACAAAGUCCACGGAGAACUAGCGGUGUCCGAGGUGAUGGCACGCCUGACCCUGCUCAAACAGUCUCGCUGUCAAAAUGCAGAAGAGGAGUUCUGAUCUAGGCAGACAGCUUGGAUUUUAAUACGUCAAACAUGAAACAGCAACAAGGGACACAAGAUGGUUUUUGGGAAAGUGCAGACAAAAUAAACUGAUACUCUGUAAGUGGAUGUAAUGACUGGGCCUGCACAACUACUCUGCAGUGCUCUUGUGAUUGUCAGUGAACGGGGGAAAACUGUUUGUAGGUAGCGUGGGUUUGAAAUUAUGUCAAGGUAAUCUAAGUGUAUCUAAGUGUAGAAAAGUUACUCAAUAACUUAAGGAAACGACGUGAAGACAGUGACAUGAAAGUUGUGUGAAUUUUACACUAAUCUAUUUUCACCAAGAUCUGCCUCUGCCUGGAAAUUCAGGAAUAAUAAUAAUAAAAAAAAAAUUC